AUGUCUGUGCCUGCGAAUUUGUAUCCCGGCUUGAACGACAUAAGCGAUGUGUUGGAGGAGCUACCGCUUGAAGUGUCGAGGUACAUGACUCUUCUGUACGAGAUCGAUGCCAAGUGCGUGAACAUCAUUCCUGAGUUGAAUAAGUGCAUCCAGGGGUUUUUGGAUGGGAGGAACGUGGAUGACGAUAAGAAGGUGCCGUUGCGGGUGAUUAACCAGUGGUUCCAGGAACUGAUCCCAUCGUUGGAGGAGAAGAUGCACGUAUCAUCGAUUGCGUACGAUUCGCUUGAAAGGUUGACGGAUAGGCUAGAGUUGGCGUACGAAGUGGCUCUUUCGAACCAGGAAAUCCCAGAAAAGUUGAGGCUAGGGAACGAUAACCAUCCAGCAAUGCAUUUGCAUCGCGAAUUGAUGGCGAAGGUGGACUCUAACGCGAUGACAAAGUCGCAGCAGGCGCUCAAGAGCGAAUCUCGUCGUGAGGCGAUGGCAGCCAAGAGGACCACUGCCCAGAGUUCGAACACGGUUCCUGCGGCUGUGUCGUCAGGAUCAAAUUCCUCGAACUCGAACUCGACUGCAAACAACAGCAGCAACACCAAUAGUAACAACAACAAUAAUAAUAAUAAUAGCAACAACAACAAUGGUGCAUCGGGAAGGACGGCAGGCGGUGCUGGACCUGGCUCGAAUGCACCAAAUUCGCUGGGAACCACCACAAACACCACCAAUGGACACAACUCAGGCUACACAACGACGGCUGGAUCAAGGGCUACCGGCUCCACCCCUCAGCAGUCCCAAAUCCACCCCAACCACACCAUUGCAGGCGAUGAUCAACACUCUACUACCACUACCACCACCAAAAAGAGAAGAAACAACAAUGGAUCUGCUACAACUACAGCUAACGGCAACAACAAUGGCGCAUCCGCUUCCGCAUCGGCAAACGCGAGCGCUGCUGCAGAUUCUGCAGCAGCAGCCAUAGCCACUACAGGCGUAGGUGCCCAAAGAAGAGGCAAGAAGAGAGCCCAAACUACUACAGUAACAGCCCCAAAGUACCAGAACAGACCCAAAACAAACGAGUACGGCGAAGCCCUGUACUGCUACUGCAACCAAGUCGCCUAUGGCGAAAUGGUGGGCUGCGAUGGCGAAAACUGCCAGCUCGAAUGGUUCCACUUGCCAUGCAUCGGAUUAGAAACCCUUCCCAAGGGAAAAUGGUACUGUAACGACUGCUUGAAGAAGCAAUAA